AUGCCGGCGGAACUUCAUCAACCAGCGACUGCCGCGCCACCUGCGCAGGGAGCGAUGGCAAGCGCAAACGCCGCACCAAGCGCAUCGAACGAUCAGAACAGGGACAUCUUCGAGUUCUUCGAGUUGCCGAGGGAGCUCCGCGAUCUCAUCUAUGGAUACGCUGUUGAUGAAAAGUCCGCUCUCCAGUUCGCCGAUACCGAGUUCCAGCUGCGAUGCUGCGACGCUCCUUGUGUCAAUUUCCUGCUUGUUUGCCGACAGGUCAAACUAGAGUACAUGGAGACUUCCAACAAGUUCGGACCGACACUCGAGAUUUUCGACUUACUACAGGCAGUGGCGGAUCCCUCCGACAUCAAGUCACUCCCUGAACCGAUGCUACUUACUACUUCGCUGCACUUGCGCCUCACCUCGGAUUUGGAUGUUCAAGGCAAUAAUGAGAUGACCAGCCACAUGCACUGGGUCGCCAAAUUCCUGCCCAUGCUUCCACGGCUCGACCGGCUGGCAGUAACGGUCCUUUGCCCUGUCAAAGGCGCCUUUGGUACUGCUGAGAUGGCGCAUCAUCUGGCUCCGUGGUUGCGUCUACCGCACUUCAAGCAGAUCGAGGUGUACGAUACGAGAAAGGAGAUUUACUCACUGUCGGACAUCAUGGCGUACGAAAAUCUGAUGGAUCCUGGAACGCAAGAGCGGGCAGCGGAACAAGCUGGAGUGAUCGGUGUCGUCAUGCUAGAGACAGCGCAGAGCGGCGAUCGUGAGGCGAUGUGUCUACAAACCAAGAUGCUCCUGCUCGCCGCACCGCACGAUCGCAUCUGCUGUGCGCAUUAUGAUACGCAAUAUUUCACGGUGCUCAAUGAUCCAGACAAUCUCAACUCUCAAAGCUCGUCUUCACGAAUUCCGCAACUUGACCAUCUCUGCUCGAAGCAACACUCCGCUUGCGCAAAUAUGGUUCCUUUCCAACCGCAGACCCAUGCGUCUCCCAGCAUGGCGACCACGCCACACCAUCAGCAAGCACUCCCAGCUGCGCGACAGGGUUCACCAAACAUGGCCAUCGCAGCAGACGCAUCGAACCAUGAGGAUCGCAGCACCUUCCAUUUCUUCGAUGAUGUACCGAGGGAGCUGCGCGAUCUGAUCUACGAAUAUGCGCUUCACGCCCCACAGCGUUUCUUACUCGGCAAUUCCAAGUUUACCGUGCAGCCUCGCCGCGUUCCCUGCUCGCAUCUAUUGACGGUCAGCCGCCAGUUCAAGAGCGAGUACAUGAGCUGUAAUGGGUCAGGCAUAUCAUGUCUAUGCUCCCGCGUCUUCGAAGUCUGA